GGGGCAUUUGGAGGAGGUCAUGAGGCAUUACCCCAAACAACGUUUACCAAUGGCUUUAUUACUGAGGGCCUCUGGCUCUCUUGUAUUUUCUCACUUAAACAGACAAAUGUGGCCCUCAACACACUUACUAUGCAACAUCAACAACUACUGUAAUUUCAUGUACAACAGCAGAAAUACAAAUGUUUAAACAUGGAGCUUGAAAAAGACAUCAGUGUGAAGACGUGAAAUAAUUUCAGUUUAUAGGUACUAGAAAGCUCUUUGGUGUCCUGCUGAGCAGUUUACACACUCAUUCAUUUUUAUUCUAUAAGAUUUCCUGCUCAGAGACAAUUGAAACCACUUUCUUAUCUGUUUGGAUGAAUGAGGUCAGCAGCUGGUAAGCCUAGCUUUGCACAAAGGCUGGAAACAAAGGGGGAAAGGUAGCCUGGCUCUUCCCAGUUUAUUUAAAUUCUGCAAACCUUCACCUCUGAAUCUCACCAAUUAGCAAUUAAUUCACUUGCUGCAGUUGUGAAUUUUUGAUUAAUACAAAAUAUUUAACGGGUCCUUUAAAAAAGCUGAGAAACAUAUGCACUGAAUACAUUCCACUGUAUUCUCCAGCAGCCCCCUUCCCCUCCUCAUAAUUCAGGGAACAAUCAGGCAGCUGGUUAUGGAGCAGAGAGAGUGUGGAGCCGUUAACUGUCAGUGUGUCCUUGUGGGGGACAAACCUGUCUGAACAAACACACCUGGGGGGUGGGAGUCUUUUGUACCUUUUCAUAAAACAUUGUAAGAAAAAAGAACAACAACAACUGUGCUCACUGGUCCUUUUUUUUACAUUUAGGUUCAGGUUUUGAUUUUAAGAAGAGUGGCAGAAUGAAACUUCAUUUGGAGUUUUUAACAUUAUACAGUUUGCUGACAACUUUCUAGAUGUAUAUAUGUUGUUAAGAUCAUUUGACAAAGCAAACUCACUCACUUGCUUGAGUCACCUCCUUUCCCCGUCUGUAAGACAUACUGUUUCCUUUUUCAUUUUGCAUCAUCAUGUAGCUUUGCUUGCAGGAGGUCAGUCAGCUGUAAAUCUUUGUGGCUUUAAUUAGAACUUGUCCACUAUGUCGGGGAGUGUCCUCCAUGUGUGAUUAACGAGUGGACAGCCUUUGACAGUGGGUUAUAGUGGAAGAAAAAGGCAGUCAGGGACUUUUACACACCGAGAUAUUUUCAAACACAUGUUUUCUAGUUGACUAGUUUUGUCCUGCACAUGUGGAAGUAUUAUUUUCUGAAAAAAAAUUGCCUUUUCACAGUGGACAGCAUUAUUCACUGUGCUACUAAGUUACAUGCAAUUAAACCAAAUGCUCAGUAGACAACAUGCUUCAUUAUUUAAUGGGCAUACUUAAAAGUCGUGUAACAUGCAUAUUCAGGUGUCGAGAAUGGGCAGAGAAAUUCUAUUUGCAUCCUCGUUUCGUUCUGCGACAGAAGCGAAAAUGUCAUGACGGUAAAAUUUCUUGAUUUGUAUUGAAUAAGUCUAUCACAUGGCUCAUCAUGAAAGGGAUUGUUUGUGUUUUAAACUGUCUUAAAUUGGUAAUGUUGCAUAAGCAUGGAAGAGUGCCUCAAAAGAAGACAUGUUUGAGGAAAAAGGGUUGUAAAAGGUUGAAAGGUGUGAAAAUAAAGGCAAAAUGAGAGGAGACAGGCAGAGAAGGGGAGGCAGGAUGGUGUCUGUUGUAAAUCUCUCUCUUGCACUGGCUGCCUUCUGGGGUAAUAAGAGAAUGGAUUGGAUCCAUUUCAAUCACCCCAUUCACAGCCUUGUAGCGCCCGCAGCCACUAUCAGAGCAACCUCUCUGCUGCUAUAUGAUGAUCCAUACAAUCUGCUUCAAUGUGCAGACCAUUUAAUCCAGAGUGAUUUACAGUGGAUAUACACAUCAUAUGUGGGUCAGUGGCUCCUGUUUGUUCCCCAUAGACCCGGUUCUGCCAACUGUAUCAGAUGAGUGCCUGCUGCCAUGGAGACAGGAAAUGAGCUGGCUCUGAUUUUGUUUUUGGGAGACAGACAGUAAUCAAGUACAUGCACGUGCAGAGAGGCACCAUGAAAUGCAGGCUAAAGUAAUGGGAUAGCUAAACACUCUAAUGGCUGCAGAGAUAAAAGGUCCCUUCCUCUUUCCUCCUCCCUGCUGAUACCGGACCGUUUUUCUUCCCCAAACUGGACAUCCUCAUGGGCUGAAGCAAAACACAGAGAAAACAUUUUCCUUUCGUUUCGCUAUCCGCCCUGCUCUGUGUAACUCCAGGGAAAACUCACAGUGAUGAUGGGGAACGUAGAUAUCAUUUACCUACUGCUGCGUUUUGGGUUUUUUGGGUCUCUGGGUCUUUCUCUGUUACAUUUUGAUGUUCAGCACAAUAGAAGGUGCUUUACUUGUGUCUGCUGUAUUGUGCCGCUUUGGGGAAACUUUGGGAUAGAUUUUGAGUGAAUGAAAUUUGGACGACACCAAACAGUAUAAGAUAAUAAGAUUCUAACAAGUAUUGAGGCAGGAUUUACUGUGGGACCGAUAUAUUUGGCAGCAUUUGUUUUAGCUAGGUGUAGCUGAGGAGUUUUUAUUUUCCUAUCCAAAUGUUACAAUAAAUGAUAGCUAGCUUUAUGCUAAUAGUUCCUCACCAGGUUUUUAGAGUGUGUUUUUUCCAGCCUCUGUCAAAUACCUUCAUCUUACAUCAUUAUUCCUACUUUGCUUCUUUGUUUCUUUUGUUUGUGUUCUUGACUUUUGUGCCUGUAGAGUGCUCAUCGUACACAUCACAGAGGGCAGAAAGUAACAUUAAACAGGUCAUUAGACAUCUCCGAUAAAGCCCUGAACUGAAACCCUACACCUGUCAGAUUGGGCUAUAGUUGUGCUCCUAAUGUCCAGUCUGACCUCAGCAUUAAAGGCACUGUGAAGAGUUUUUUUAACAGUGAUGAUGGUGAGAUCAUGAGCAACAAGACAGCUUUUAUUCAUGCCACAGAUAAAGUGAAAACCAGUGCGUCCAGUGGCCUUUGUAUGCAACUAAGUUCAAGUUUACAAAGUUUUUUUGUUAGUACAUUACAGUUUAUCAUUUUACAUAACAACAAAAUCUGAAUUUGGACAGAUCUGGGGAUCAUUGUUUCUUUAUUAUGAUGCACCUUAGACAUUAAAUAAUACUCAAAAAGUAGAAACUGGGACACACCUGUAUCACAUUAAAGACCCACUCUGAUGAAAAUCAUGUUUUUCUUGUUGUUUACAUGUUCAUGACAUUUUUCUGAUGCUACAGGACAUAUGAGAAAACUAUGUGCAAAAUUGCAUUUCUGAGUAUUUCUGUUUUCAAAUCUCUGUAAAUCUCUGGCAGACCCAAACGGCAGGUUCAGACACAGUGAGAUUUUCUAUGUAGCGAAUUCAAGCACAGCCCCGCUAUGCAGGCCAGACUCUGCAUAUAGAGGAGAAAUAGAGAGGACAAUCGCAGGACAAGCGUGUGCGGUAGCAGAUUGCAAUGCAACACAGACAUCUUUCCCGCUAGAUGCUAGUUUUAGCAUGCCAAGUCAAACACAGGUACAAUACCGAUUUCAACAUGCUUCUGUUUACUGUUGACCAUCUCAAUGUAGCUUGCUAGGAAGACUGAAUCAUAUCCUGGGAACCAGUGACUUGCGGUGAGGUUCAUGGUUGGUGAAGCACUGAUUUCAUCCCAGUCAGAUUUACAAACAUAUGAACCCUGCAGAGUAGCUUAUUCAUCAUUUGACUGGCAGCAGUUAACGGGUUAUCACCAUCCAACCUACUGUACUCAAAGACAAGCUCACAGAGAUGGGAGUGGAUCCUUCCUGUGUUUCCUGGAUCGCAGAUUACCUGAAAGGAAGGCCACAGUUUGUCAGGCUGGGAAAUUGUAUGUCUGGGACAUUAAUGAGCAGUACAGGGGCUCCACAGGGGACAGUGCUGGUGCCAUUCCUGUUCACACUGUACACGUCAGACUUCAAAUACAGCACUGAGUCCUGCCACAUCCAGAAAUACUCAGAUGACACUGCUAUUGUGGCAAGUAUCAGAAAUGGACAAGAAGCUGAAUACAGAGAUCUGAUAAGAGCCUUCAGUGACUGGAGUCACAAAAACUGCCUCCUCCUCAACACCUCAAAGACAAAGGAGAUGGUCAUAGACUUCCGUAGAUCCAAACCCCGUCUUCAGCGAAUGAACACCUGUGGAGUGGACAUCGAAGUGAUGACAUCAUAUAAAUACCUAGGUGUACAUCUGGAUAAUAAGCUGGAUUGGUCUGGUCUAAGAAUAUAGACUUCAUCUACAGAAAGGGGCAGAGCCGCCUCUUUUGCCUGAGAAGACUCCGAUCAAUAGACAUCUGUAGUAAGAUGCUGCAGAUGUUUUAUCAGUCUGUGGUGGCAUCCUUGAUCAGUCCUGUUCCCACUGUAUGUUUUGAGUCUUUUCAGUGCUGAGAAUGACUGCUCCACCAAUGUUGUUGUAGCUGGAACAGUGAGCACUAGCUGGAGCAACUUUGGAACAGUUUGACUGAGAUCCUACUGGGCCAAAAAAGCUGAGAAGCUGUCUGGGAGACUUAACAUUCAUCAUCAACUGUUUGUGAGCUAUACAGCCCAACAUGAUCUGCCUUUAGUCUCACAAAGCCAAAGAAUUUGGCAUUUUUUGAUGGGCUCCGCAGUUUUGUGUCAUCAAAAUGUUGUGACAUUUUACUGAAUUUUGCGCAAUCCACCAAAUCAUGGAAAGCCAGCUCACCGAAAUGAUCAAACCUCACCGUCAUUGGGUGGCUUAUGUUAUCCAGAAUGUUACAGAACAGUCGUUUCCGUUUACAUUUAAUCAACUGUCUGCCUCCUCUGUCUGUCAAGCCAAGUGCACUGUAUUUCUCCUCAAAUCAGUCACAGAAACGCCAGUCUCAUGCACUCGAGAGCUGCAACAGUGUCACUGAUGCGUUCAAGACAAUAUUCAAUGUCUAUCACUUUUUUUUUUUUGCAGCACUUAAAAAAGUGCUUCAAAUAUUUACUUGAAAAUGCCCUCAUAUGCCAUAAGGAGAAAGCAUGUUGAUGCUUAUGACGGCCACCGAUCAUAUCCUGCUGCCAUCAUCAGCGUGUCAUUUUCCUAGCAUUCAGGAUUGUCUAUAAUGAUCUGAAAUAACUCGUGCAGAUCAUUGUGGUGCAUGCCUAUUGUCUGCAGCAGCCUAGAGUUAGAGCUCCAUCUUGUAGGAGCUGCUCUGGGUAAACGGAGCUUGACAACAUUAUCCAGCAAGUGAGUGCACUUUGUGGACUUACUGAAGUCGCCUGCGGCGUAAGUCAGGUCCGCUGCGUCGACAAGGCGUUCCCAAGCACAAUUUGGUAUUUUGGCGAGCGGCGCAGCCUGGCGUAAGUAUCCCCCCUCCCUAACUCAGCUCCUCCCAGCGGCGUAAGUCGUAGCUAGGGAGGAGAGAGGGCGUGGAGUGGGUUUAACACAGCCGAGACCUGUUUUCACCAAUCACAUAAGCUCCUCUCCUUGCCUUUAAAUCCGCCACCAGCAAGGCGUAUUACUAUUUUCGUGAAGUAGUCAAAGAGAUCAAGAGAUGUCUGAAGACAGUAAUGCCACACGAUGGCGACAGAAGGCAGCUCCUCAACAAGUGUCACUGUAAGCGCUGCAUUUGGCAUCCUCCACACUCUCUCAUAUGAGCACAGACGGAUAUGGUGUGUGUAAUGUUGGACCCACUGGUAAGACAAACAUCCUUUUCCACAAAUAAAGACACUCACAUAAAGUUGCAUAUAUUCAAACCUCAUGUGACAAAGGUGGGUUGUGCGCACAGAUCACAACAUAGACUCCAAAAAUGGCAUUAAAAUCUGAACCAUCUGUGCGUAAAUGACGCAUCGCGCUCCGUGGCCUGGCUCUUUCUUCCAUAGAUGUUGGCAUAUUAAAUAAAUUUGGCUCACAAAACUGAGUAUUAUAAUAUUUGUAUGUAGGCUUAAAGUAAAUAACUCAUCUGAGCACUGAAACAAAUCUGUUCAGCCGCAGGACGGACAGAGGACACAGAGACAUGUCCAGGUCAAGCUGCGCAAGAAAUAAGAGGAAGAGGAAGAAAGAAAAGGAGGGAGAUGAAUUAAAUAUCUUAACUUCAUCAUGUAUGUUUAUUUACUAGAUAUUUACUAGAUAGCCGCCUCACUGGCGUACAUGAAAAUAGAGCCCAUUGUCACAAGUUGAGAAAAAAAGGCAGGAAAAGCAGAAAAGGUCAUUUCAAUCCUUCCUUUUAAAAGUACAACAGAGUAUUAGGGCCUCAUUAAGGAAAAAAAAAUUAAGACCGAGAUUAAAGUCAUCACUUACGAGAAUAAAGUUGUAAUAAAAUCACUAAUUACGAAAAAAAAGUCGUUAUUUUAGAGAAUAAAGUUGUAAUAAAGUCAUUAUUUAUGAGAAUAAAGUCGUAGCUAAUAGCUAUUCUAACCUGUUGAUUUAAAGGAGAGCUGAUUAAAGGAGCGUUGCAGAGCAUUUAGAUGAAUUGUACUCUAGUAGCUAUAGGUUUAUAACAAGGAGAUACUAAAUCCUUUGGUGUUUCAGCAUCACAUUGUCACAUUGGGGGGUUGGAAAUGGCCAUGCAAAGGCUAAAUCCGUCAAUGCAGCUGUUUAUAGCAAGAGCAAUAGCAUAGGCGUUUAGUUUAUCGUAUGAAUCUAUACGCCAUAAGUUGUUGAUCCCUCUGCAGGUGUAAGUUGCUGCCGGCGUCAGAGACAGACGCAGUGCUUGUCGGAGCUCGACUCCCUCUGAAUUGCAAAUGUUAAUUAUUAGACAGACAGAUUAUCAGAUCAUUAGCUAGUUAAUGACUUUAAACUCGAAGUCUUAAUUUUUUUUCUUCUUAAUGUGGCCAUAAUACUCCGUCAGAUAAAAACAAGGCCAUACGAGUGGGAAAAAAAAACUGUUGGCUACACUUGACUUGCUAACUGUAGCUUGUGUCUUACUGCCGCUUAAUCUUCGGUUGAGAUGUUGCAAGAAGAAUCACUUGGAUCACGAUUCCCCCUACCAGUUCUCAGUCAGGAGAACUGCGUGCCUCACUUCGUGCCCUUUCGCAAUCAUAUUAUAAUUGUUCAGCACAAGAAAAAUGUUACACACAUACAGUUGUUGACAAAAAUACCAUACAGUGUAUACAAUCUGUGUAGUUUUAGUUCAUAUAGCAUUAGGGUUUGAGCAUUUUAAUUAAGAAAUACAGAGAAAUAGCAAUACGGUCUCACUGCAUAGCAUGCCAAUACAGUUAGCUGAGUUAUUGUGCAAUCCAUGGUGAGGCUUCUCUGACUGCUGCCUCACCACUUGUCUCUUCUCAGUAUUUGAACAGUUAAUGUGAAAAUUCAGUGAUUUUGAAUAAAAAAUAAUCUAAAACUGAAGAUAAAUGAAAAAUACCUUUGUAGUGGAAAUCACUGGAUAAAUAUAACCGUUUAAUUAAAUUUUUCAUUUUCCAUUUUUUUUCUUUCCAUGAUGACAGGCGAGGCACGGCCUCUCCUGCCUCCCCUGAUUGCACGUCACUGCUGGGAACCCAAACAGUGGGAUCAGGUGGGAGGUGAAAUGUUGAAGCAAGUGUGGGGAAGUAAAUCAAGAUAUUGUGCAAGUUAAAACUUGGAAAUAAUGAUUCUUUAAUACUGAUCUUGAUUAAAGUGGAGGACAAAGAGUUUGAGUAACUCCCAUUUUUAAUCAUUGCUUGAACUCACAGGAGGAUGCUAGUGAGCUGAUAUGUCCGUCCUUCCUUGUAUGUUAUCCUUCCAACAUAUGUAGAUUUCUGAGAUAAAGCAAACAGCCACUGCUCAUUUAGUGAAAUGUAAAUAUGUGUUUAUGCCUGAAGAUUUACUCUAAGCUGAUAAACAUUCAGGACCUGCUGUGCUUUGGUUCUCGCUAAUCUUUUUUCAUAUCUCUGUAUGAAAGCAGUGCUGUGUAGCUGCAGAUUUUCUUGGUACAACAGAAAACCACCAUGGCGCCUCAUCUAGAGCCCCCAUGUCACUUAAAUACUCUCCACAUGUUCUUCACAUUACAGGAUGAUGUAAAGUAGGUCCCAGUGGCAUUAUGUCAGCAGAUCCUAAGAAAUGGGUCUGGGGUAUAACUAUGGUUAGACUGUUGAUAGGUGGGAACAAAGCUCCACAUUGACAGCAACCCUCAGGGCAGCCAUUGUUACAGCUGAGUUCACCUGGACUUCUAUGGUGGUGUCUGUCUGGUGGUCUUAGAUGUUGUCCCAAAGGGAAAUACCUCUGUGACACUGUGAAUGCAGCUGUGGUUUUAACAGACUAAAAAACCAUCAGUCAUGACAGUGACACAAGCAGAGUGAGUAUCAAUGCAUGAAAAUCCUCUUUCUCUUUCUGACAAAGACAUCACAAAUGUACACCGUGACCCACUGGGUUGCAAGGAAAAUCAAAUUGAAGUCUGCAUAACAUGAUCCAAUUAUCAUAACCAAUUUGUCAUAUUCUGGUGCUUUUGUCAUGGCCAUCGCCUUCUCAUACUUUCGAACAAGGCUUGACUCUCUCCGGAUGGAGCCAUAAUGGCAAAUAUAACGAAGGAACACAAGUAAUUCAAAGUGAUCCUGAGUGAACUUUUACAAAACAGAGAGAGCUCCUGUGGAUUCUGUCUUUAUUAGGUCAAACAUCACAGACAUGGCUGGUGAGUACAUUUUGACCUCAUGAUAAAGAGGAACUUUUUGUUUCAACAGAUGCUGUGACUGCAACAACCACAGACAGUCAUCAGUGGGUAGGGGGUCACUUGGUAACGUGACGCUAAUAGCUGUAUUUUUCUUCAACCUGACUGAAAUCAUUUGGGUCAGAGACUUCAGUUUCACCAUUUUUAAGCUGUUUCUAAAAAUUAAAGAAGUACAUCAAGCAUUUAACCUGAAUGAGAAAUGAAGAAGUGAACCUGAAGUUUAACUUAUUCAAUAAUGUUUUUUAGUCUUCUGUGUGUUUUUUAUUUACCUAAAUGUAAGAAAACUGCUCUCAUACACCCACCAUGUAUAAGAAUAGAAGAUGCAUCAGUGAAAUACUUAACAGAAGUAACAAUGCUAGAGGGUUAUGUCAAAAUGUUGGUGUUACAUGGCCUGUGUUUUGAAUGAGUGAUCAGCUGGAUCAGAGAUACUAUCAGUCAGACAUGUUUUUCUGUUACACAUAAUGCCAAGCAUCACCCAUUCAGCUGCCAUACAUCAUGUGAAGUCUUGUUAAAGGUUUCCCUUCUAAAGAACCAAUGGUUUGUGACACUGUUGACCUUUAGCAUGGUUGUUAAAUAGACACAAGGCCUUGACCCCCUCAGACAGUAUUGUCAAAUGAGCUCUUGACUGCCUGAAGGGCGGGAGAUAUAUUGUUCUUGCAGCAGGAGAAGGAUGAACACAAGGAAGAAAAUAACAGUACAAUCCUAAUUCAGUUGGACAUAACAGAAAAGUGUAAAGGAGAAGCAAAUAUGAUGAAAAGUCUCCAGAGUACAAAGGCACAACUGCUUUGAGUUCAUUUCUAUCAAACAAUACUGUUACAGGCUCAAAUUAAAACAAAACAUUAUGCAUUUCAUAGCUAAGAGAAAGUUUUGUCUAAUUUAAAUGAAGUAUACAUGCAUCAUUUCCCCUCUUGCUAUGCUUGUUUUGCCCUUUGGUCAAAAGUUUAGGUGCUUUCCUAAGAGUGAUAAGCAAUAAUACACUGACAGGAGUCAUAAACAAUGCUGUGGUUUUCUUUACGACAUGCUGCCUAAGGGAGGAAAGAAGAACAAGGUAAUUGCACAAGUUGUGUGUACGUAAUUUAGAGGGGUGGGGGAUAGGGAGGCAGAGGGAGGCUCUGAGGUCUCAAGGGUUUAUGGAUGCUUUGCUUAAUCAACCUCCUGCCAUAGCUUCACUCCCAUAAGCUGUCUCUUCUCCUCUGUGCUCCUCUGGUUGGUGACCUCCUGCGGGUUGCUCAAGAUUAAAUCAGAAUGGGGAACCGGAGGGUUUUUCCUCUACUGAAAGGGCAAAGUACAAGAAGUCAUAAAAUCUUAAUGCACUGGCAAGAUGUGCUGCUCUGUCCUUACAAUUAAAACAAGUUCACUUUACAAGCAAUCCUCAGUAGGUAACGUCACAAAAGGGACUUUCAAUAGCUAAUGUAUUUUGAUAGGGUGAUCUGAGUAUGUGUGUACAUACCCUUUCAGUUCCCACUAUCGUCUUUAACAACUGUUAUCAAAGUUAUAUUUAUUCUUUUCCUGUUAUUUAACACAAUGGGGACACUUUCAGAGAUGAAAAAUAAGAACAUAAAUAUAGACUUGUUGCUGAUUGUCUUGCUUGCUUUUGUACAUCUUACAAAGGCAUCAACAUUUUUUCUUUCAUAAAAAUCAAGAAAACGAAAGCAAAACAAACCUUGUCAGGUCUCAGACUCACCUGAAUGGAAUGUGUUGAACCACAUUCACAUUUCUUUCUAUCAGUUUUGUUUGUUCAGUUUCUGGAAUCAUCUUAACCGCCUGUAAACUACCUGUGACGUGUUUCGGCAUGUCUCUGGGCCUUGGACACUUACUCCUUGAACUACAUUAGCCUCUGUUGACAUAUCUGUGUUCACUGCCUGCGUCUAACCUUACAUAAAAACAGGCUGAGUGUAACAUUUACAUCAGCUUUACAUCUCAUGGGAAGAUACACUACUUUUGUUCACAUCAUCAGCGCUUGCAUCUUUUUAAGGGUUUUCUUAGGUGAGAUUAGGGAUUGAACUUUCACUUUUUCACUUUCCUUUGUUAUUUGCAUGACAAGCCUGAGGCUCUAAGUCUAUUGAUGGUUUAUUUACGGUUAGAAUAGUCUCCAUCAGUGCUCAUUUGUCUUCUUUCUUUUAUAAUUUCUGUCAUAUUCACAAAUGUUCUUGCUCUUAAAGGAUCAAUCUGUAGGUAUUAACAUCCUUCCUGUCUCUUUGUCUCUACCUCCCUCUUGCCCUGCAUGUGGGUGCUGUUGCCUCAUCAUUCAGACCCUAAAGGUAAAAAAACAUCCAAAAGGGGAGCCAUAUAAGAAUAAACCUCUUCAAUGAAUUGCACUGUAUUUUCUGUUUUUUUGUUCAUCUUUGUUUGCAUCUGAGGAAAAGAGAGGGGGUUGUGCUUAUGAGGUGUCAUGACAACAUGGUUUUUCUCACUUUUCAGCAGAUUAAUUAGCCUUGGAGAUCAAACAACCAGCAGCAUAUCACGAAAACCUCAUCAACCCUUUCCCCUCUAGAAACAAUUAAGAUGCUCCCAUUCUGUCUUAUUACAGUGCACCAUCUGACCGACCUGCUAUCAGACACCCAAACAGGGUUACAAAGGUAUCUCCCAUGGGAAAACUCUCUCCAUCUGUUCUUCACACUUAAAAAGGACAGGUUUAUGGGAAUAUUUUUGUCAAAGGUGAGGUGACACACACUUCUGUCAGCACAGGUUUCAUUUUGGUUUUGCAUGGUGAGGAAAAACAAGAGCUGGAACUUGAAAGUGUGAUAAGAAUCUGAUUAAGAUCUGUGGUCUCACACUGAGGUGUCAGAUCUUGACGAGAUGGGUGGGAUCUCAUUAAUGAGAAGGGAUGAGAUAACAUCUUAAUGUCUCCAAAUAGCUUGACAUAUUUUCUUUGAUAGCAGACCUGCAAUAACAAAAAAAAACAAACAAAAAAAAACUGAAAUGCAUCAUAAAAAGUAGAUACGUAACGACUCAAAGUAGAAGUUAAAACUAAAUAAAUACUUUAACAAGUGGACAAGCAGCGCCCUUACUGUAAAGUUAUGAAGUACCAUUUUAAGGGGAUUUUAAAACUCUCUUGCCUGCUGUUUUUCGUCCUUAUCCAUGAGCCUUAGCUUCAUAAAAUAGGUUUGUUUUGAAUAACCUGUGGUUACGCCUCCACCUAGUGGUCCUAAUAAUACUAACAGUGCAGCAAAACAAAACGAUUUUCAGCCUUCUAACAAAAAAAUAGAUUUAGGAAUAUAUUAAGUUUCAGUAAAACAAAACAAAUAGAAGUAUUACAGAAAUUUAAUUAACAAAAUUUAUUUCAAUUUGUGUUUUCGGUUAUGGUCCAUGGUUGAAACCCGGAUAGGAACCAUCAUCUAUUGCUUGUUUCCUCAGGUGGAGGCGGACGAGUUGUUGAAGGAGCAAAUCAAAAUGGCGAGCCAAGAAGAGUCUGUAGAGUCUGUGAGGGAAUUCGUCGCUGUUACUGAUGUGGACGAGGAGAGGGCUCGGUUUUUCCUGGAGUCCGCCGGUUGGAAUUUGCAGGUACAUCUCCGUGGUUGUUUUCCUCACGGUAACGGCUGAAUUCACGGGUGAAAAUCGAGCAGAAAGGGCUGUCAUGACAUGUGUCUCCCGGCUAACAUUAGCCUGUGUUGCCGGUAAUUUGUGCAAGUCACUCUUUGACAAUGGCCCGAGCGCUUUCUGUCCGCAACAACAAGCUCGCUGUACAUUUUUAGCCGACACAGCUUUCCGUUAAAAGAAGCUUGGCUCUUUUUGUCUUAUGAACAAAGCUAUUCAGACCUUAAGUUUUGGCUAACGCUAAUGUUAGUGUUCGGUAAUUUCAAUGAGCUGCGCUAGCUGGAGUUAGCCGAAGCUAGCGCUGAGGCUCGCUUAAGGUGAUCUUAAUCCAGAAAACUGAAGGAUUGAGAUGGAUAUACCGCUGUGUCAGCUGUUGAGUAAAUAUACAUCAACGAGUGACUCAUUACUCCGCUUUUAUCUGUUCAGUUUUGGGCAUGAAAAGGAAACGAAACCGAAUGAAUGUUGUGAUGUAUUAUGAUACUUAGAAAGCGCCUUUACAAUAGCAAUAAAUAUAAAGAUUAGCCCAACGUGAUACCUAAGAGAGGCUGCUGUGUCACAGAUAUUUCCAUGUACUGGUGUCUGCUACUCAAAUAAGGUCUGGAUCUAUAUGUGUUAUUCAGAGGUAUCAAGCACUGCGUCAAAGACACAUGUACAUGACAUCUUUGUUCCAUUUAAGCCCAUUGAAACUAAAAUGAUUAAAUACAAGUACAUACUUAUGUAACAAAGUCAGACGUGGGAUAGAAUCCUAAAAAUGGUUUUAAAGAAAAUCUCACCCUCACCGACUAGACAAAGCCGUAUGAAUGCCUGGGCAGGCUUAUGAAACCAAAUAUAACAGGUCUGUCAUAAAUUCUCAUUUUUACAAAGGUUCUACAUUUAAGCAAAGUAUAAGGCACACCUUUGAAAAUAACACACUACAGCCCACACCCACUAUGACUUCUAUGAGAAAUAGGAGGUGUAAUAAUUAGUUGUCUGAUCAUGACAACAACAACGCUUGGUAAAAGCAGACUUUGUGGUAGAGUUGUUGUGUUGGUUUGCAUUAGACCAACUUGUUGUUUAUAAUGUUAUGGCUGGUUCACAUACAGGAAUUUAGACUCUGACAGUAAACUGUGCCAUUGAUCAGAUGGGAAGUUCUUUAUUUAUUUUUUAAAUCAGCACUUGAACUUUUACUCUGUAGAGAAUAUUGUAUCGCGCUUCAUUUGACUUCAGUUUCUGAGUAGAACAGCCGCUAAUAGAAACAAGCCUCCCAUCUUCUCCCUGCAUUCUUCGGAUUAGAUCAUAUCUACACUGCAAAAACUCAUAUCUUACCAAGUGAAUUUGUUUCGUUUCUAGUCAAAAUAUCUCAUUGCACUUAAUAGUAUGUAUUUUGACCCGAAAGGUUCAAAUAUAAUCCUAUUUCAAGAUAUUUUAACCCAAAAUUGUCUUUUAAAUUUUUUUUUUAACAAGGAAAAAAGGCUGGUUGUAGAAUCUAACCUAGAAAAAAUCUGACUCUACCGGCGGCCAUUUUUACUUAUUCCAGUAAACUAAGUCCUGAGUUUUGGAUUAUAAUAAUGUGCUAUGUCUUGUGCAGAGACUAUGAUAUUACUACUGUUAGUUUGGGCAGCUGAUGCUCCGUAGACAUAGGCUGAAUAUCUUACUUCCAUACCUGCAUUUAAAGAAGUACUUAAUGCAUUUCAAAUAAAAAAAUAUUUUUUUACUUUUAAUUGAGAAGAUCAAAACACAGGUGUGCUUAAUUUUAGUUUAAUGUCAUUUUUUGAAACUACUUUUACUUGAAUAUGAUAAUGUCAUGAUUGUAACUACUUUUACUCAAGUAGAAAAUAUCUGCACUCUUUCCUCCCCUGACAUUGAUCAGUUUUCUUUUACCUCAGCUUGCACUUGCCAGUUUCUUUGAGGAUGGAGCUGAUGACGACAUAGUGACACUUCCCCAGCCUGAGGGGGGCUCCUCAGUGUCCAGAUCUGCUGGGCCAAGGUAAUGUCCAUUUUGUGUUACAGGGGGCUGCAUUACCUCAAAUGUAAAAUUGAUUCUACCUCUGCACUUAUUUACUGUUUUUCAAGUCCUCACACACACGCAUGCACGCAUAACACACACACACACACACACACACGCAUAACACACACACACACACACACACACACACACACACACACACACACACACACACACACACACACACACACACACACACACACACACCACUACUCACCAAUCCUAUUCUUAAACAUUCACAUGCUGCAUGCAAUGCCAUCAGCCGCUGUUAUGGGUUUAGUGUCUUGACGUGUUGGCUUCUGGGGCUGUAGAUCAAACUGCCAACCCUCCAGCUGAGACACUGAUUCUACCACUGAGCCACAGUGGCCCCACAUUGUGAGGAAUACUGGUAUUCCCAAAAAUUGUAGCGUAAAUGCUGCUCUCAGAACAAUAAUGACCGCAAGGUUUGGAAGCGUUUGUUGUUGCCUGGCUAUUAUAAUGACCAACUAGUGAGACCACUGUCUUUGUCUUUAUCCAAGAAGUGACUGCAAUAUAAAAUGACAUUACAGAGCAUGUACUUGUGGACUGGGACUGGGGAUAGACACCCCUACCAGUCCCUAUUGUAUCCAAUAGCACUUUUAUAGCACACCUGCCAUUAGUCUGUGUAAUGUCCAAAAGUCAAGUUCAGCAAACAGUCUUAGGCAAUAAAUCCACAGGGUGUGUUUGUAUACCUUAUUUGAAAGCUUAGUUCAUGUAUCAGUAUAAUUAUGUCACAUAUACGUCAGUUCAUUGACCCUACAUAUUUUAUGUUUGACAAUAGUGCCCAGCCCAGAGUGACCUCCUUUCGAGACCUGAUGCAUGAGGCAGAGGAGGAGAGUGAUGAGGAGGAAGGCCAAAGGUAAGUUUGCCCCCUGUCUUUGGUAUUGUAUGCACUGGGUUUAAAGUGCUUAUAUUGAUCUGUUAUGAUUUUAUUGAUUGUUGUAUGGGAGAUAGUUCUCCAGCCAAAAAACAAAGAACAUUUAUCAAAUCAGAGUAAAAAAAAAAAAAAAAAGACCAACAGUCACAGUCGACAAUAAAAGACUCAAUGAUAAGUUCAUAAUAAACAAAGUCACAGUCCCUAAUUUGUUUAACGGUGAAAGACAGUCAUCUUUGAGGUCUUAUUUAUCCUCCCAGAUGGCACUGACAGAUGUUAGGAUCUGUUAAGUGGCUGUUUGUCUGAGUUGUACAUCCUCAAAGUGUUUAGAUGGUAUGGUCACACCUGAGGUGUUUCCACAAUGCACCAAACUAUUUUUGGUCUCUCCUCUUUCACUCUGAGCUGACAGGCUUUCCUGCAGCAUCAACAGAUUCUGCUUCUCUAGCUGUGCUGUUUGUUGAGUCAAUUUGAAGGCCAUUUAUGUUUUGCAAACUCUGAGCUCAAGUCUAAAGAAAUGACUGAGUAUCGAAGUAUUGAGAAUUGAAUGCUUGACAAGCGGCUGACUCAAGUUAAACACAAUUUUGGCAAAAUAAGCUUGAGCUGGAUCAUCAAUCUGAAGGUAGUUUCCAAGACAGUGCUGGCUGCUUCCCUGUUGACUGUGCUGUGUACACAACUUUACAGUUUUUGCACAUGUAGGAAUGCUUAGACAUCUGGCAGAAGAGCAACAAUAUGCUCUGGUUUAGAAUUGGCAGUAACAUUCAUGAGAAGUAAUUCAAAUCUUUGCAUAAGCUAUAAGUCUGUCCAUCAACACAAGUUACAUAUUAGUAUUUCUUUCUCAUUUGAAGGACAGUUUUUACUGAUGAAGACAUCAAAUGAUUCUUUCUGGUUAAAAAUUACUCUUUAUGGUCAUAAUCUGUCAAAUGAAUUCCAGAAUAUAGAGCAUUUGACAAAUGCAUAAUGUCUGGAUUAAGGCUGCACGUUAUUGGAAAAAACUAACAUUGCGAUUUUUUUCAACCCUGCUUUAUAUAUUGCGAUAUUAAAAAAAUACAGGAAUUUUCACCAGAUGACCUGAAUAGAACUUAAUGUUAUGCUGCACUGCUGAAAUCUUGAGGACAGUUAACCUGCACUGAUCUUACCUCUUUUUGUGAAUGUUAGUAGAAUGGCUUUUGUCUGUCUCAGAGAUAUUUUUAGCUUUUAUUGUUCUGCACCUCACAAAACGCGCACUGCUUAUAGUACAGUGGUCCAGGGAAAUGUACAAUUUAAAACCCAUACAGUUCUUAUUUGUUGGGCUAAACAGUGAUGAGUAAUGUUCCGAAAGUAAUUCUCAGCGGACACACUUUCUCAGCUCAACUCCGGUAGCGCCAGCGACUCCCUCCAUGUGCAGGACAUGUGACGGGGUGGGUUUCCUCCUCUCUGAUUUUGAUUGAUAGCUGGCAGGGUAGUCUGAUUGGCAACUGAGUAAAGAACGAAGGUGACUGGUGGAUCGCUGCAAAGCACAUGCAGUCACAUGCAGUGUAUCUUAGUCGUAGUGCUGGACGAUAAUUCGAUAACAAUAUAUAUCGAUCGAUAGACGUGUGGUGCGAUAGAAAAAAAACGGGUCGAUAAAAAGUUCGAUAGAAAAACACAGUUUCCCUUUCUUUUUCAUCAUAGCCUAUCAUGUAGCUUUUACUACAGUCAUUACUUCCUCCCAACCAAUCACAAACGCAGACCCAGGUACGCUACGGCACCAAGCCCAGCCCCUAUCAAACCACAACAGACAGCACGUGUAUUAGAAAAAAUGAUACAGCAAGGAGAAGCGGAGGACAUUGUCCCGAAAAAAGGUUUCAGUAGUUCACCAGCAUGGCAAUGUUUUGGUUUUUAGAAGUCUGACAAAAAGCGAACAGCGGUCGUUUGCAAAAUUUGCAGAGAAUUAGUAAAAACGAAGUCUGAUAACACAACCAACUUGUUUUACCAUCUAAACCGAUCGUACCCGCAGGAGUACGAGCUGUGUCGGCCGCGCCGCGGCUCCACGUCAUCGUCGGAGGAAUCCUCUGGAACCGCUGCCAGCACCAGCACAAAGCAUGUGAAGCAGACUUCGUUUCUUGCCAAAAUACGACAAAGCGUCCGAGCGGCAUAAGGACAUCACCCAUGCAGUAACAUGCUCCAUAGCGAGGGACAUACUGCCAAUAACUACCGUUGAAAAGCCUGGCUUCGACCAGCUUCUAGCCACUCUCGACCCGCAAUAUGAAGUGUCCGGCCGCAAGUAUUUCUCAAACACAGCGCUUCAGGCAUGAAAAUGGGUCAGGGGUUGAAAAGGUGAGAAGGGUGCGGAGGAAAUACGUUCCGGUGUAGCUUCUUAAAGUGGAAGAAAAUGAGCUCAUAUUUUACAAAGACGCGAGUAUUUGGACCAUGGCUACUAGCAGGGGGUGCACUCGGCAGGGGUGCAUUUUACGACACAACACCGGCGUGGAUAAGUCCUGCUUCUCGUGCUUAGUUUGUGUAUUAAGUCAAUCACAUGAUAUUUAAAAAAAAUAAAUCUCCCGACCCCGGGAGAAAUAUUUCAGUGUUCAGACACCAGGCUGUGGGCAGUUUCCCACACAGUUAAAACUGGUAGUAUGCUAUUCCCACCUAAAGCUAUUCUGUUUAUUUAUAUAUUUGUUUAUUUUCAUCAAAAGACUAUUUAAAUAUUUAUUUAUCAGAUUUUCUGGUCACUUUAGUCUUUAUGUUUGUCAGUAUUUACUGACGUCACUCAGGCCACUUAAGUUGAUUUCUUUUUUUUUUUUAAGUUCUUUUUUAAAAAACUUUCAGUUGUGGUAAAAAAAAAAAAAAAGGUGGUUGAAUAAAGGUUUGAAUUUGAAUUCAGUGCUUGUGUGUUCUUUAUUAAAAGUAGGUCAUUAAGCAAUAGCAUAAAACAUCCAGGGCUGCAAUUAAAAUAUAUGUUAAAUAAUUAUAACAAUUAUAUCGAUAAUUAUCGAUAUCGAUCAAUAUGAUUUAUUUUUUAUCGAUAUGCUUUUUUUCUAUAUCGUCCAGGCCUACUUAGUCGGCUACCCUUGAAAUUAGAUGAGUUCAUUCACCUCCGACAUCGCAGGCUCUGCGAUGUGACUAUUGCACACACGUACAUCGCGAUGACGAUGCUCAAACGAUAUAUCGUGCAGCCCUAGUCUGGAUGAUUUCUUGACAAUUACUAUCAAAUAAUUUGACAUUUAUGGACAAAGAAAUCUGAAUUCAGACAUGAAACGUGCAGAAAGCUGAUGUCUCGAGAGAAUGAAUAAUCUAGUGCAUUAUCUAGUUACUGUUAAACUGGUUUGUGAUGGCGUGUGAUUGCGUAGCUCACCCAAGGAAUAUGCUGUUUGAGCAGAGCAUCAUCACAGCGAUUCUCGCGCUACUGCACAAGUGGUCAAAUGCAUACAACGCGACUGUGCAAGUGGUGGUUCCAGGAAGUGGAGAAAAUCCCAGAAAUGCCGAGAGCAAAUCCAGCUUCAAAUUCAUAUAAUGAAGGAAGGCGGAGCCAAGUUGUCCACAGUAUAUUCAGUCUUCAGUGUUUCCCCUACAUUCAUGGAGUGCCGCUGCCGAAUUGCGUGCGCUACUACGUAUGCUACGUAUACAUGCGCAGCUACUGAAAUUUCACUUGAUCAUCAAUAUCAAUGCGCCAUUAAUGAUUUCUGCUCGCCCAGUGUGAGCACAACAGCACACAAUGUUAUUUUCGACUUGUUUUGAGUCAUCAACGAGUGCAUCAAAUCCUGUCGGACCCUCUUCCAUCAAUGCGAAGGGUAAUGUUCAAGCUUGUACACAGUCUACAGCGAGUAGCACGGGUAACGUAACUUAACGUGAACGUAACAGCGUACCUCCUUUAGCAGCAAGAGAGUGGGGGUAACAGUGAAAUCCCCCCACACACACGGACACAGCAGCGCCGCUGAUGAAACAAAUUCUAGGGGAAACACUGGUCUAUGAUUAUAUCACAUUCAAAAACAGUCAACAAACAAGUAAGCAAGAGCCAACUACUAGUAUGUCAAACUGUGACCAUGUGGACAACCAGCGCUUUCUGAGGUUCUGUUGUCCUCCUGCUGUCUUCCAUGCAUUUGUACGACUUGACUUCAGAGUCAAAGUUUGGUGUGCAAACUGCAGAGCAUGCACAGAACACUGAGGCUGGUAUGGGUCUAAUCAGGUGUAUACUUGCAUUUGAAAAUCAAUCCCUUAAAAGAUAAUCAAGGUACUGUAUGUUUGGCCAACUUUGAGCAACCCUACUUCGUGCCGUUUAAGUCAGGCUGACGUGUUUACUUUUGGUGAAAGGUGGACUAACACAAUAAAUCAAUUGGAUUAAACAUCAUAUAAACAUACUGAUUGUUUUAUCUAGCUGCUCCUGUCAGGAGGCUCACAUCAUCUCUGGUAUGGCAACAAAGCCUGGACAUAUAACUGUUGUGCAUACAUUGUAGCUGCUUAAGUAAAAAUACAAAUUGAAGUUGUUAAAACAAUACAAUUGAAAGGUUAUACUGGCUUGACUGGAGGUUCAUUUGCUCUGCACUUGAGAGCACACUGAUGAAUGACAAGUUUGUGUAACACGGUAAAAUCUUUGCUUGUCAAUCAAAAUCCCUGUUCAGAGUUUCACUGUGAGACACGACGUACACGAGUGGCUAAUUAAAGGCUUCAGCGAGCAAAGACAGCCUGCAGUAACAGUCUGACAGAAAAUCAGGACCAAAAGUCCAAAAUGUCUUCGCUGUUACAACUCAUGGUUACAAAUCAGCCAAUCAGAAUGCUACAGGGUAUCAUGCAGACAGGGCUUGAGAGCAAGCAGUCAGCCUCUUUACCCUUUACUUUUCAUGAUUGGCUUCACAGUCUGUCUGUGCCUGACUUUUACUUAUUGUUUUUUUAUUUUGUCCUUGGAAUAAGGUUGUCAAAAUCUUUGAUGCUUUGAUACUUUCAAUACCACUUUCUUAAAAAGUUAUAAUCUCCAUCAUUUUUAUGUCUGAUAGUACUGAACAGCACUAAAGACCACCGGAGUCUGUUCCUGUCUCUCACAACGUUAUGGUACAAUUACCACAAAAGAGUUCAAUUUUAGUUGACGUGAUAUUUGAACGGGCAUCAGCAUUUGCUUUUAGUGAAAUUACAUCAUAUUUGGAUUCCUGGUGUAAUCAUUUUCCUUUGAAUACAGGUUAUACUAGGUUGUCCUGAAUAGCUAAAACUUUCUUUAUUGUUUUGUCAAAAUCACAUGUCGGUAACAUGUCUCAAAUUAACUCCAGAAAAUUGUGAAACCUGUCUGUGAUAUCGGUGUUCAAAAGAUGAAACUCUGUUGAUAUUGUUGCUGUGUCAGAGUUCUUUUUAUUUUCUUGUCUGUGUAUUUUUGCUGCAUUUGUUUUGAUCUUACGAAACUCUUACUUCACUCUCUAUCAGGUUUUUUGCGGGAGGAUCAGAGCGCAGUGGGCAGCAGAUAGUCGGGCCUCCCAAGAAGAAAAGCUCCAAUGAAGUCGUGGAGGAUUUGUUCAAGGGGGCCAGAGAACAUGGAGCUGUGCCCCUGGACAAAAGCGGUCGAGGGCCAGGAGAGCCCAGCAGAGCUAGGGUGAAACUGAACUCCAAGUUUUCCUCUUGCAGUAUCCAUUUGUUAAAAUUCACUUUCCCUCAUUUGUUUUUUUUAUGGUGUUUUCUCCUGAAGGCCUUCAUUGGUGGAGGCUACAGGCUCGGUGCAGCUCCUGAGGAGGAGUCCGCCUAUGUGGCCGGAGAGAGGCAAGCCUCAAACAGUCAGCAGGAUGUAAGUCCACAACAAACACGACAAUAGUUAGCAUCUCUGUAUGUUUACUCUCAGUCUAAAUAUUGUGUAACUAUGCUAAGGCACUGGUGAGCUCAGGCACAGCCUAUAUAAGCUGUGCUAGAGUUUUUUUAGGAGCAGCAAAUAUUUACAGGACAUAUGUGGAUCAGUGAUAUUGUUGCAUUUAAUUGUUGACUUUUGUGUUAGGUAUCAAAUCUUUUGCCUCGGGUGCUCUGCAUCAUCGUUCCAAUGCUUCAAGUUGUAGAUGUUGUGUCUGAACCUUUCACUCCAUUAAGUGGAUACACAGUUUUUCUGGUUUAGUAGUAGACUUACCUCUAUCACAAUUAGGCCACAACCUAGUAUAACGUGUAAACUAGAUGUUCUUAAAUUUUGUGAAAGAAAGUCAAACUAAAUUCUCUUAUACAAGCUAUUAUAAAACCUUGUGUUUUCAUGGCUUAAUAUGCUGUGUACACGGCAAGUGUGAUGCUCUAUAAGCACAGUGGACCUGUACAGACCCUGUCCAUACCAGGCUCCAAUAAGUCUCAGUCGAAAGGACUCAUUCAUACAGCAGAACUGGAGGAAAAACCUCCUUUUUAGAGAAAAAUUUCCACGAGAGUAUAUGAACAGCGUUUAUGUUUCUGUUUAUGUUCCAGGUCCAUGUGGUGCUGAAAUUGUGGAAAACAGGUUUCAGUCUGGAUGAUGGUGAGCUCAGAAACUACAGUGACCCUGGAAACGCCAACUUCCUCGAGGCUAUCAGAAGGGGGUGAGAUUAUUAUUUCAAGUAUUCAAUCACAUUUAAAAAAUCAUCCCAGAUUCAUUUGAAUUAGUGUUUGAUUAUAAAUACAUACACUACAGGCCAAAAGUUUGGAAGCAAGAUCAGACUUGUACAAAAAAGAUCAUAGUUUCAUAUAUAUAAUUUGCAACACAAUAAACAUGACUUUUGUGUGUAGAGUAACUUAUCAGAAGACAUUUUGACAAUAAUUAUUAGGUAUUUGAGUUAUUGUUGCUUAGACUUUGCUUUCUUUAAAGUAACCUCCUCUGGCUUUAACAACAGCUUGGCAUAUACGUUUUUUAAGGUAUGUUCCAGGGAUUGCAUUCCAAGCUUUCUUAGGUUCAUUAAAAAGAAACUGCUUAUUCGUGUGACACGCUUUUCUGACCGAUCGAUCCAAUUCAUCCCGCACAAGCUCAAUUGGAGAAAGGUCUGGAGACUGAGGGGGCCAAACCAUCUUUUGAAGAACACCUUCCUCUUCUUUUCUGUCUAGGUAACCCUGACAGAGCUUGGCAGAGUGCUUAGGGUCAUUGUCUUGCUGCAAAACAAACUUAUGAGCCACAAGUCUGAUUUCAGGUGGAGCAGCAUGGUGCUGGAGGAUGGCGUGGUACUGUUCCUUCUCCAUGAUACCCUUUACUUCAAACAAAUCUUUUACUCGAUCACCUGCAAAACAUCCCCAUACCAUGGAACUACCACCUCCAUGCUGAAUUGUGGGUGUAACACAUGACGCUUUCAGACGUUCACCAGUUUGUCUGCGGACAUAGACUCUGCGUUUUGAACCGAACAGCUCAAACUUGCUUUCAUCAGUCCAGAGAACUUGUUUCUAGUCAUCAUAGGUCCAAUUUUUGUGAGCUUUUGCCCACUCAUAUCUCUUUUUCUUGUUCUGUGGACGAAGUAGUGUUUUUUUGCAGAUACACAACCCUUCAGACCAGCCUUUCUCAAACGUCAUUUCACAGUUGUCAGAGAUAUGGGUUUCGACCUUGUCAUGUUGAUUUCCUCCCUUAUUUUUGGUGCUGUCUUUUGCUGAUCUCUCUUACUGGUGACAAUCCUAUGUUUAUCCUCUGCUUUUGUAGUAACUCUCUUUCGUCCAGGUCUUUUUUUAUCAUAACUUCCAGGUUCCUCUAGUCUCUUCAGAGUGUAGUGGACUCCUUUGUUAAACACCUUUAGGUGUUUUGCAAUUUUCUCUUUCUGUGUACCCUUCUUUCCUCAUUGUACAAAUCUGUACUUUUGUUUCUUUACUCAGUUGCUUCUUUCUAGCCAUCUUUGCGGUAGUUUGAACGCAGUUGAGAUUUAUUAGGAUUUUUGUAUGCAGACUCUCAAAAGCCAAAAAGUUAAAGUGAAUAAUUCAAUUAUGAUUUGUUUUUUGCUUUUGCACUGAAGUUGUGACUCUUGCAAAUGUUUUCCACCCUUAAACUAAGCCCUUAUUAUCUUUUGCUGACAUAUAUUUAGCAAUGGUCUGUUAACAUCAAUGCAUAUCAAAAGGUAAAUGGAGUAAAAUGGUGCAUUUCCAUGAAAGCAACAUCUGAUCAUGGAGUAAAUACAUCCCAAAAUACAUAAAACUCCUGCUGGAUUUAAAAAAAGCAUUGUGAACAAAAACUUGAAGUAACUCCCAACUGUUCGGCCUGUAAUGGCCUUGCUUCCAAACUUUUGGCCUGUAGUGUACAUGUAGUUACAAAGAGCACAUUUUUCCAGAAUCCCAUUUAGGGAGAUAAAUAUCAAUAGAUGAAGUUCUUCUCUUAUCUCAGGGGAGUAUCUUGAUUCUAAUCUUCAUCUUUACACUCUAGUCUGCUUAAAAAACACUCUAACACUAAGAUUAUGUUAUUAAGCACCCUCCCUGACCGAAUGUUGGUUUUCACCAUGCAGGGAGAUUCCCCUGGAGCUGAGGCAGCGGUCUCGAGGGGGCCAAGUCAACCUAGACAUGGAGGACCAUAGGGAUGAAGACUUCUCUAAACCUAAGAUGGCCUUCAAGGCCUUUGGAGGAGAAGGACAGAAGUUGGGAAGGUGAGACCUACAAGCAACCUUGUUUCCUUUGAUGAGGUUCUUUUUCUUUUAGCACUUUAUAAUAACUCAAAAGAAGAAAGGUGACAGACGCUGGUCAAACCAGUCCUCCUAGUUCUAAUUAAGAAUGAAUCAUCGUCUGUGAAUUGACUGGGACAGGGUCAUUCCAGAUAAAUGACUGGUUUCCAUCCGCCAAGUAACGUAACUGAGAUGCAUUCACAAAAUAAGAAAGUGUCCUUACUUUUCAAAGUUAAACUCGUACUUUAAAAAUUUAGAUAAGAAAUAAUGAUGCUUAAGAUGACACCAGACUACAUUCUUUAAAGUGAAAUGAUUAGAUCUUGUUUGAUCCUUCAUGAUGUGAAAUGCUAACCAAGUGAGGAAUCAAUUCUUAUGAUUGGUGAAUUUUUCUCUCAACAAAGAAGCAUGCACUGGGAAGUCUUCAUAGCCACUGAAUUCAGUUCCUUCCAGGGCCUUAUUGUGUUUAAAAAAUGUACCGUAAUGUGUGUAACGGUCUGUUUUCGGAGCUUUCAGAUGAAGAAAGGUUUCAAUGGUGUUCUUAAAUGAAGGCUCUCAUGGUGUUGAGCAACAUGCUGUUUCUGUGCAGAUGUGUAGCUCUUACGAGUGCCAUCUGUUACCACCCUACCAGCUGUGGUAAUUGAGCACAGCCUUUAGUAACACUGAAAUCUUGAUGAUAAAGUGUUCUAUUAAAGAGUCCUUUCAGUUAAGCUAGCACUCCAAAGAGUUGAAAUUUACUGUUUCUUUACUGUUUUCUUUUUAUUCUUGAUUAUGAGCCAGUAAGGGGAAAAAAAGACUGAAAAAGUGCUCCACCUAGACAUGUCGACACACAAGUUCUCACUUGUGUCUUUGAGUGCAGUCCUUUGGAUAAACACUGUAACACACAAAAACCAUCUCUGCAUUUUAUACUUGUGGCAGUGUUUGCACUAGUGAAAGGGACACAGUUCACUUUUUCAAUGAUACAAAAGGUGUUUAAAUGCAUGUGAUACAUUCAUAUUUUACACAAUUUCCAAAGAUUUUAAAUGAUAUUGUUAAUCGGCUGCAGACAGUACUAUGGUGGAUAUUAAAUAAAUUUAGUAUGUCAGUUCUUACUGCCGUAAACUAAUGUUAAUAAAAAAUGGAGCAUGAUCUUUUCAGGUUUUAAAUUACACUUGUUUUAGUGUUUUCUUAAAACAAAAGUACACAAAAAUAAACACAUACCCUCGUCCUGUGGAUACUUGACCACACACAUAUUCUUACAGCAAAGUCUGCACAGUCCUCAGUGUUGCCUUUUGGACAAUGUUGAUAUGACAUUGUCCAAAUAACAACUCCACUAGUUUGAACCUUAGCUUGAUUUGUUUGUCAAUACUGGGUGCUGUUAAUAUUUAUGUAUCUGUCGUCGUGUCUGCAAACUUGGAAAAAGACCUAAAAAAGCAUUUGUUUCAGAAUUCUUGUAAAAAAAAACAACAACCUUGAAGCUAUUGCGAAGAAUUGCAUCUCACCAGCAGUGCUUGUUCAUUUCUAUUGAAUGUCACAGGGUGUAAUGUUGGUUAAAAAAUGGUUUACAGCUGGUUAUUUUUCUCUUUAUUUCUGAUGAAUUGAUGGAUAAAUAUUUUACUCGGAGAGGAAUGAAAUCUUCUCCCUUCUCUUCCCUUCUAGCGCCACUCCAGAGUUGAUCACAGCCCCAGCCACCUCCCAGCAAGACCAAGCUGCUAACGAGGCCCAGGCCAGCGCCUCUGUGAACCUGGACUCCUCUCAGCCCGUCACCAACAUUCAGAUCAGACUGGCUGAUGGAGGCAGGCUGGUCCAAAAGUUUAACCACACCCACAGGUGACUGAUUAGACAGCUUUACUUUUCUCAGAUGUGCAGAUAUAUUGUUACUCCAAACCACUUCAGUUUGUUUUCCAGUUUUCUGAUCAAAAGGCAGCAAAGAUCAACUCAAAGUGAGAGCUAAGGUGCUUUCAGUAAUAAGACAUUGUGUAACAGGUGUUACAAUUUGAUGCUACUUAGCAUCCCUUCAGGCCUAAACUGUCUCCAUUAUCAAGAGAGCAACAUCAGUGGGAUAACAUCUCACUACUAAGAUGACAUAUUCAAAUUUGAAAUACAGAAAAAUUGUUCAGAUGGACUUUUCCUGCCUGCACAUUGGCAGUUAUACCUAUUCAACAACCUUCCUCAGAAGCUCCACAUAGAGUACAUGGGUCAAAGAAGAAGACCAAAAGUAGUAAGUAAUCAUCAUCCAGCCAGACAGCUCAAAAAUAAAUAACAUUCAGACUUUGUAGUCACUGCAGCAUCGAACACUCAUUACCGUAAACUCAUGAAUAUCAGUCAAACCAGCGAAUAAGACAGUCUGUUUUGGAGGGAAAAAAAGGUUUAUACUGUGUUUCAGUGUGGUGACUUCUGUCUCUAAGUCCACAGUGUGCACUUCCUUUGCAGCUGUGUAGCUUUUUCAUUUACCAUCUGUUUUGCAGUCUUGCCAGCUGCUAGUAUGGUGGUUAAGCUCUGCCUGUGGUAACACUGAUCCCUGUUAGAUACAGACCCAGUGCCUGCAAUCAAUGUGCCUGAAGUCAUGCUCCUCCCCUCAGUUGAGUCUUUUCAACCGACAAUUCAUUUAUGUGUUUAAGAUCUCAAAGUUUGUUGUUGUUUUGCUCAAUCUUGUGAUUAAUAUGGGAGAAAAGCAGAUGAAGUAAGGCACCGCUAGCUUAUUCCUUGUUUCUAAUUAUCCCAGCAUGCUCUGCUCAGCAAAGUGGUUGCUUGCAUAUUGGUGUACCAUCUUCUGGAUCCAGCAGUGUACCACAAUGAAGCGUCUCUCUCUGCGUUUUACACUGGAGUAAUGGUCACAAACUUCUUCAUGCUUCUGAAACAGAAACAUAUAUAAGUUCAAAACAAGGUGGCCUUUUUUCACAUCUUUAAAACUUACACACCUGUUUUAAAAGGUGAAGCAAUUGUGAAUGAAAAGCAUGAAAAUCUCUCACCUUUCGGCAAAAGUCGCCGUUUUGAAGUCAAAAAGGGUGACCUACAUGAAUCGUGUAGAUCCGAGGAGAAUUUUUUUUUUUUUUUUGGGGGGGGGAGAUUUUUUUGUUCUUUUAUUAUCAUGUGAUUGACUCAAUACGUAAACUGAGCACUUCAGAAAUCGGCCCUUUAAAUGACACUUGGACGGUCAGCAAAUCUUCCUGGCUCCUCCGCUGACGAGAACCAAUCAUAGGCCAAACUGCGUUCCACUAUUCCAAUCAUGCGCACACUCUUCACGUGCACUUGGAGUGCUUGGAGAGCCUGUGGUAGCAUUGCAAAGCUGCGAGAACAAGAAGCAGGACUUGUCCACGCCGGUGUUGUGCCGUAGAAUGCACCCCUGCCGUAGAAUGCCCCCCUGACGGGAGCGCGGUUGAAAGUACACAACAAUGCGAAAUAAUCCAAGUUUUGAGCCAUCUAAAAAAGCGAAAGCGGGCGUCUCGCGUUUACUGCUCUGCAGGGCUCUCAAGUCUCACGCAUUCAGCGUGUGACACACAUUCCCACCCGUUCACACGCCACACAUUGUAUUUCUCACGCAUUUAAAUGAACAUGGUGAUGUCCACAAAGUUGCACCUCUGUAACAAUGGAACAGGUAGAAAUCAACUGAGUUCCUCCAGGAGUUCAGAAGCUGCGUGCCACGCGCAAGCCAAUCAAAUAAAGUAUAUAUACUGAACAGCCAAUCAAAAAGCAGCAUUGCUGUAUCCGGGUAGAUUUUGAUAUCUUACGGUUUGACUACAGAAGACAGACACUCGCCGAAAUAGAGCAGGUUUUUAUAAGGACGAGGAAGACCCGAUGAUUACAGUAAGUCAGUAACCUACACAUGCAGAGACCUCAACACCUCAUGGCAUAUAAACUCAUAUGAUAAACUAAAGCCCUAUGCUAUUGCUAUUAACAGCUGUAUUGAUGGAUUUAGCCUCUGUACAGCCAUUUCCAGCCAUUCUCCCCUCCACAAAAGCAGCAUUUCUCAUAUAUUCUUUUUAAAGUUCUGACAGUGUAAUGCUCAUGUACCAAAGGAUUAAGUAUCUCCAUGUUUGUGAAACCUAUACUAAAGUACAAUUCAUGUAAAUGCUCCUCAGUGCUGAUUUUAGCAACUCUCCUCUUAUAUACUCUUCUUAUAUAUUAUUGACUUUAUUCUCCUAAAUAAUAACUUUAUUGUCUAAGAUUUAAAAACGUUUUUUUUGUGUUAAUGUGGCUCUUUUCAACCCCUGACCCAUUUUCAUGCCUGUGUUAUGGUUCACAGUCAUUAGACCCACACAUAGGUCUAUUAUUCCAAUGCAGGCUGACCAUUUAUAUUAGGGCUGCAGCUAUCCAGUAUUCUAGUAAUCAAGUAUCCUACCGAAUAUUCCAUCGAUUAAUCAAGUAAUCGGAUAAAACUUUUUUUUUUUUUAGUUAGAGAGCAAUUAUCGUGGAACAAGCAUGUGCGGUAACGGAUGGCAAUGCUUGUAAGAAAGCUAACUAUGAUAUUAGCUUUCAUCAUGUCCGCUAACGACUCAGAAGUGAAUUGCUAUCGAGCCACUGGAGCUCUGCAGAAGAAAAGCCCCUCUCAUCAUUCAAUUUUUCCACUCCGCAAAACCAAAAUCUCACUUACUCCUCCUACCGUGGUGAUGUAAGCGCAUUGUGUCACCUUGAAAAUAAGAUGUGCAAAACAGUGACGACAGAGUUUAUAAACCCGUACUCGAGAAAGGGAGAUUCCUCAAUCAUUUUUUGUAAUCAAGGUACUCAAGGUACUCUCUGUACAUGAUAACAGACAGAUGCCAGUUUUUCUGUCUCUCCUUAAAUGCAUCAACUGCAGUGUAACAUCUCAUGGUUAUUAUAAACCUUGUAAUGCGGUUAUUUUAGUCGUUUGUAACCUGUUGCCAUCAACAUCAUGCCAAUCAGACCAAUCACUCUCCUGGCAUUGUUUAGUUUGCUUAUUGGUCUGAGGACAGUUUGGAGUGUAUUUCUCCUGUUUUACUACCUUUGUGCUAUUUCCUCCUCAGCUUCAGAAACUUUGAAGCCUCUUCAAAGUCCUCCUCACUUCACCAACACCUUUUCAGCCUAUGAGCUCUCUUAAGGAUUGAAAUACUUUGUGAAUGACUUUUAUCUGUAUUAAGAUCUAGUUCUAACUUUUUGGGGAAAACUCAGAAAAGAUUGUGAAUUAAAAAAUUUACUUAAAAUUUCAUCACCACAAACAACUCUUUAAACUCGUAAGCUCUGUGAGUAAGGAAUACGAAUGUUUAAACUCAGGUAUUUUGUUUGUUUUUUUGCUCUUGACAAACAGAUAAUGCACCUAAGAUGUGGCAUUUUUAAGCUUUAUUUUUUGCAAAAUUUUUAUCGAAGGCACUGUUGAUAUUUCCAGAUGCAAGCUCACCAUAUUUCCCAUUGUGCGUUGUCUCCCUCAGGGUGUCUGACCUGCGUCAGUUUGUGGUCGCAGCUCGGCCCUCCAUGGCUGCCAGAGAGUUUGUUCUCAUGACAACCUUCCCCAACAAGGAGCUGUCGGAUGAGAGCCAGACGCUGCAGCAAGCCAAUCUCCUCAACGCUGUCAUCGUCCAGCGGCUAAACUGAAGGGGGAGUAGUAAGAGUUAGCCCCCCCCCCCUCGGUGGUGUGGCUGAGUAACUUCAGCCCUGUGAAACCUGCUGCCCCUUCUGAGGGAGGAGAAAACAGACUUAUGUAUGGACUUCUAAUUUCUGAUUUUUUGUUUUUCUAAAGUGAAUAACAACAUCCUGUCCCCCAGACCCUGACUCUUCCCCUCCCCUCCUCUGUGGUCUGUGACAGGCAGUUACGAGGGGGAAACUAAAAAUCUUCCAGAAUGGAACAGAGUUUAUAUUUAAGAGCUGCUGACAAGCUGAAAUAAAUGGUCUUGUUGUGCUUUUGAUGGGGAUGUUGACCUGACAGAAGUAGAUGGUUAAACCCAAGAAACAAAGCAGCAGUCCAGGUUUCUGUAAUCAAGAUGAGUCGCAGAGAUGUUCACUGAACCUGGCUUUUUUUAUCCAUUACCUUGCUCGCCACGUUCCUUCUUUAUCAAUUUUCAUUUGGCCCUGAAGCCAUGUCAAUUAUCAGGUGCUGGAGCCACACCAGAUUCCCACAGCGGCAGUCUCCUAGUUUGUUUCUGUCCUGACAGCACAAACAAGAACCACACCAAGAUUUGAGUUCUAUUAAGGUUCAAAGAAGCUAUUCACAGAGCAGUUUUGUCACCGUUUCUGUUUCUCUCCCCGUAAUAUCUGUGGAGAGAAAAGUGUUAAUAUAUUACAAAACAAUUCUGAGGAGUUUCCUUUCUCCAAAUCAACCUAUACCAGUAGCCUUACGCUCCUUUCUUCACCUCCAGAACUUCACUUGUCCCUUUGUUUAAAUAAAGAUGGAAUUAUUUUUUUAAACUGCCUUUUUUUCCUUUCUUAUUUCCUUUACAGAUUGUAGAACUGUCCCAGUGACACAGUUGCAUUUUGAUAUUGUGUAAAAUGAAAAUAACAGUUACAUAUGGCUUUAUUAUUGAACCAAUGGUUGAGCAAAAGAACACAUAGAUUGUAAACACUGGUUUGUAGUAGUGGAAGUGGAAUUCCAAUGACACACUGACAUCUUCUAUGCAUCCUGGGGCAACACAGAAACAUGUUUGGACCUCUGGCAAAAUAAAUCCAUUUUAUGGUUGAUGUACAAAGAACA